UAACUAACCCAAUAAACCCUAGCUCUAUGGAAACAUGAAUCACCAAGUCGUACCACGCCAGCUAUCUUCGCAGUUAACACUGUCUCUUAUUUCCCUUUCUCAGCUUACUAUUCACAUACAAUGGGUUUGACAAAGGAACAAUUGCUUGCUCGCUUGAAGGAGCUUCAAAUUGAUUUUUCGCAGUAUGAACAUCCUACUGUUUUGACUGUUGAAGCACAGGCAAAAUAUGUCGGGGAUAAGGGAGGUGGCCUCAGUAAAAAUUUAUUCUUGAAGGACAAGAAAAGUCGGUUCUAUAUCGUUUCUGCUCUGGCUGACACGAAAGUAGAUAUGAAAGUUUUGUCUCAAAGGCUUGGUUUGGGGAAAGGAGGUAUAAGAAUGGCUCCUGAAGAAGCAUUGGGUGAGAUACUUCAGGUUCCUUUGGGCUGUGUUACUCCAUUUGCACUUGUAAAUGAGUCAGCACGGCAUGUCUCACUCUUGUUGGAUAAAGGAUUUCAAUCUCAGGAGCAUUGCCUUUUCCAUCCACUAUCUAAUGAUAUGUCAAUUGCUCUAAAUGCUUGCGAUCUUGACAAGUUUCUUAAAUCAAUAGGAAGAGAUCCCUCAUACGUUGACCUCGAGGCUAACCCAACUGUAGGGAAGGAUCAACCUCCAGAUCUUGCUUCUUUUGUUCCAUCUGGUUCAGCUAUUCAGCCAGAUCAGCCAGAUAUAGCAGCCCCCCUGCAAGAUCCUAUGGAGAAUUCUGUUCCUGUGAAUAAGAAGUCUGUAGCUGCCACAGGAAAAGCUGCUAAGCCGCACACCUCCACGCAAAAUUCCUCCGCGCAAAAUUCUAAAGACAAGUCGGUCAAUCCUGUACACCAGCCAAGUGUUUUCUCAGAUGCUGGAUUAUUUGUGGAAGAGAUUCUCAAUAAGACAUCAGCUCUAUUACUUUCAGAGAUCACAGAGGAUGCUGUCAAGGAGAAUGGUGUAAAUCUAGGAACUGUGGUUGCUGAAAAUAUUAGAAAGCGGCUUAAUUCAGAUUUGCAAAGCAUUGCUACGAUGUUUAAGAACACAGCCUAUACGCAAGGGUUUCAUGCUGGUGCUCACCGUAAUUUAUAGAUUUCUCGUUGAAUCCUGUUACAACAAAUAAUAGGAAUGUAUGUUUGAGAAAAUUAAAUUAAAAAAAAAACUAAAACAUCAUUAAUACACUUUAUGAGGGAAA